UAACGUUCUUGUUCGCUGUUUCACACUGCAUGUGACCGCCGGGGAAUGAACACGCGCGUCUCGUAAUCCGCUCGAAGUGUUUUUUUUAUUUUAUUUUAAGUGUCCGCGAGACGAAGUACGAUCGACAGCAAUUUCAUUAUUUUCGUAUAGUCGUUGUGCUACGCGAUCGUGCGAAAUAGCGUUACGUCGCCAUUACGGAACAGUAGAAAUAUCGCGUGGCGUCGAAGAACCUGUGAUCAUCGCCGAGCACCAUCACCAGGAGCUCCAAACCCCACGACUCGUGCUAUUUUUAAUGUUUUGUACAGAUUGUGGACAAGAGGAUGGAUACUCGAAACGAGAUGACUCUUCAGUUUUUAGAUUUUCAUGGUUUAACUGACAAUGAUAAACGUCAUUUAAUGAACCUCAUUAAUAAAUCUGACAUUACUGAAACCGUGAAACUACCAUGGGACGCUAAGAAGGUAGAAAGUAAUAACAAUAAUGUUAAUUCUGUCGUAAUGACAGAAGUAUCCGAGAGAAAUACCCUUCAGCAACAUCAGUGGUAUAAUGCUAUGCCGGCACCCAGUUAUCCGCAACAAAUGAUACCGCAAAUGUGUAAUGAUUGGCAACCAAUAUACAAUGUUUCCGCGAACGGCCAAAUACCGCCGUUUAUAUCUGGAAUUACUUAUACUCAUCCUGCAUACAAUCUCGGCACCGAGAUUCAAGAUAUGAAUUAUGUUAGAGAGAACGGACGUCGUAAUAGUCGUGGCAGAGGUAUAAGGAGAGAUAAUUAUAAUCGAACACUUAAUCCCGUUAAUGAAGUACAAUCGGGAUAUAUGGGCGAUCAAGCACAAUAUCAUCAGCAGAUACCUAUCAUGUACAUAUAUCCUGAGCAUCAUUCCGUCUCUACACAACAGCAUCAAGUAGGUGGCGGACAGAUCUAUUAUACAUCGCCAAUGUAUUCAACGAACCUUCAUCCGCAUCCAAAUGCACAGUCAAUUUCAUCUGAUUCGCAAUCGAUUUAUCCUCAACCGAAUCAUCAACCGCCGCAGAUAGAUGGAUGCAUGCGACAAUCACAGCAACCUGUGCUAUCCCAACAAUCAAAUCAAGAACCGAUGAAACAACCAAUCAUUGAGUCCCAAGAUGCUCGUGCACAAAGCACGUAUGCUUCUGAUAAAUCAACGCAUCCAGUAAAGGAAGAUAAAGAUACUUUACAAAGUAAUGUCAUUAAUACUACUACUGUAAAUAAUUCCACAUCAGAGUCUUCUUUGAAAAAUGUAGAUGAAAACACUGCCAAUAAAAAGAAUAUAACUAGCAGUGAAAAAAUUGAUGCAAAAGUUCAACAGACUAUUGUAAGCGUUGUAAAUGAGAAAUGUAAUGGUAUGGAGAAAGUUGAUGUGCCACGUGUAAAUACUAACAAUGAUGUCAAGACAAACCAAAAUAGUGAGGAAAAUAAGAAAUUUAAAAAUGAAACUGUAUCUAAUAUCACAACGAUCACUACGAAAAUUUCGCCUCAAUCCAUCUCGGUCAAAACAGAGAAGAAAGAAGCGCAGAUUCAAGAAAGUUCUGCCCCAAAGGAUAUCCAAGACAAGAUUAUCAUUAAAAUGCCAAACAACUUUUCAGCCAUGCCAAAUGACUCGUCAACCAUACCAAAUACUCCCUUAUCAUCAUCACCUGUAUCUAGAACACCACCUACGACUACAUUUACCAGGUCCUAUGCUAGUCUUCUGAGGAAAGAUAGUACUGAAUCACAGCCAUAUUCAUCAUGCAAAUCCACAGCACAUGUAGAAUCACCAAAAAUGCCAAUACAAAAAGAAUCAAAUAGUCCUAUUUGCACGCCAGAAAAUCAGAACGAUUCAUCUGGCGCACUAAAUACAGUAGAUGUUUUCAAAUCUUUAAAUGGCAUAUUACAGAAUUGUUAUGAUCCCAAUACAUAUAGGAUAGGUGAAUUUUUGACGAAGUAUCAAAUGGAUAAGCAAACAGUAAGCUUAUUACCAAGAGGAUUGACAAAUCGCAGCAAUUAUUGUUAUAUCAAUAGUAUUUUACAAGCUUUACUUGCUUGUCCACCAUUCUAUAAUCUCCUCGAUGCUUUGCCACUUCCUAAAAAUCGAGGCAAAAGUUCUCCUACGCCAUUGAUUGAUAACAUGUGCAAGUUUGUUCGUGAAUUUACACCCUUGACAGAGGCCGCCCGUAUGCCCAGGAAAGAUAGAGUUCAUAAACGAGGAGAAGACACUGUUAUGGACAUAUAUAGCGGCGUUGCAUUUGAACCGUCAUAUGUAUAUACUAUGUUAAAACAUGCUUCGGCUGCUGGUGGUUUUUCUGUAGAAGGACGACAGGAAGAUGCAGAAGAAUUCUUAUCCUGUCUUUUAAAUGGACUUAAUGAUGAAAUGUUAGAGCUAAUGAAAUUAGUUAACAAUGAUCAAAAUACAACCAGUGACGCAAAAAAUAGUAUCACUUGUGAUCAGGAUGAAGAGGAAUGGCAGGUAAUGGGACCAAAAAAUAAAGGCGCCGUUACACGAUGUACAGAAUUUGGAAGAACACCAUUAUCCGAUAUCUUCCGUGGACAGUUACGAUCCAGAGUAUCAAGAGCAGGAGAACAGCCAACGGAUAAUGUACAACCAUUUUUCACACUACAGCUUGAUGUUCAAAAAGCUGAAUCUGUGAAACAUGCUCUUGAGCUUCUCGUUGGCAAGGAUCAAGUAGAAGGUUUAACCUGCAGUAAGACGAGACAACAGAUAGAAGCUUGGAAACAAGUCACAUUAGAAGAAUUACCUGUGAUUCUCAUAUUACAUCUGAAAUGGUUCGUAUACAAAUUCGACAAGUAUUGCAAUGGCUGUUCCAAGAUAUUGAAGAGUAUGGAAUUCCCCGUCGACUUGAAAAUUGAUGGCAAAUUUUUAUCACCGAAUACUGCGAAGAAAUUGAGUCCUAAACAAAAGCAGUAUAAAUUAUUUGCGGUGACGUACCACGAUGGGAAAGAGGCUACCAAAGGACAUUACUUCACCGAUGCCUUCCACGUGGGAUAUGGAUCCUGGGUCAGGUACGAUGACAGUACUGUGAAGAGUGUCCCAGAAAGCAGUGUACUCAGGCCCACAUCGCCUAGAGUACCUUAUUUAUUGUAUUAUAGAAGAUGUGACACGAUUGGUAAUAACCAAUCAAAUAAUGUAAAAAUAAAUUAAAAAAAUUUGUAUAAAAAUUUAUAUAGACAAAAAUAUAUUCCAUUUGUAAUGGAACAAA